GGGAGGCCGUCGUAUAUUUUAUUUAAACGUAUUUGCUUCCAGCCCUUUCUACUCUAGUAUAUGGUUAGGUGUGGAACCAAGAAACUGAAAGAAGAAGUGUAAAGUGUAUUUUGUCAAAGAGGUUAAAGUUUAAAGUCCGUAAACAAAUUUAUUAAACAAAAUAAUUUGUAAACUUAUAACAAGAAAUAAGGCAAAGAAAUAAAUACCUGUUUCUUGUGUCUGUUAAAUAGUGGCAUACGUUUUUAUCACUGUAGUUAAAUAGAAUUUUAAUGCAGUAGCAUUUCUCCAUAGCCAAUAGAGAUGUCUCAACGAAGCAGAGUGAUAAACCUAUAUAAAACACUUUUACAUUUAGGAAAAGAUUGGCCUGCCGGACAUGAUUAUUUUAGAGGUAAACUUCAUAAUGCCUUUUUUAAAAAUAGGAAUGAAACUAAUCCAGAAAAAAUUGAACAAAUGAUUAAACAUGCUGAUUAUAUAGUUAAGGAACUUGAAGCUUUAUAUAUGUUAAAAAAAUACCGUACAAUGAAAAGAAGAUAUUAUAAUGAUUAGUACAAUUAGUGUAAGUAGUUAAAUUUUUAAGUGUUUUAACAGAAAAUGAGCACAAUAUUUACUCUUUAAUACUUAACUGAAAAGCUAGUCCCUUUAACGAUAUAGCUCAGAUUUUAUUGAUUGUUAAAAUA